CCCGGCUAGCCCGCGAGCUAUAGGUGGUACAAAUCGAACACACCCAUAGUUCUCUUAGCAGGUGCGCAUUAUAAAAGUGUUCGAUAAGGGGGAAAAAACGCCUAAAAUGGCGCAGUUUUUUAAAAAUUAAACUGGCGAACGAAAGAAGACCGAAAGAAGAAGAGUGGAGCGAAAUGUUUACAAACUCAAAAAACGUGUUUGUUUUGUUUUUGCGUCGUCAGGAUGAGCGCGCUAGCAAGCUAGCUAAUGAUAACGGUGCGAUUUAUUUCUCGCUGAGCUGUGACUUAGUGUGUUACUGACCUCACCACCUGUAUGGAAAGAUGCCGAGGAUGUCGCUGCGCAAACGAUUCUCAAUGAUAUUCCAGGCGAGAGAAACCAAGGCUGAGUGUCGAGAGAAGAGAAAGGGUCCCAUGAUCUCUACCGGUGAUGCCGAGUUCCCGCGGGAUUACCACACCCUGGCUGCCGGCGGCAACCGCGGGGCCCGGCGGUUCCCCGACAACAACAACGGGGGGUUCACGUCGUCCUCGCUGGACCGCCGGCAUAACUCGGUGGCCGCCAAGAGCCUGGAGGCCCUGAACAGCAUCCACAAGGCGGACAUCGAACGCCAGCGAGACACUCUCAUGGAUCUCCAGAAGAGCAAGUUCUCCAACAGCCCCGGCAGCCUGUCGCAGGGCUCGGCUCCUGCUGGACGACAGCAACAACCAAACUACUGGAGCUUCAAGACUCGCACACCACGUGUGACACGACUCAGCCCGACACAGCCAGCUCUUGCUGACCAGGCCAGCAGGGUUUCCUUUGCGUCAGCUGAAAAUCUGGAGACCAUGUCGGAGCCUGAUAUCCCCAUCGGCUUUAACCGGAUGAACCGGCUUCGCCAGAGCCUGCCGCUGGCCCGCACCUCCAGCCAGGCAAAGCUGCGGGCGCCAGGGAUCUUGUUCCUCCAGCUUGGGGAUGAGACUCGUAGGGUGCACCUGACCCACGAGCUGACCAGCCUGGAGACUCUGAGGGCCCUCAUCGUGCACAUGUUCCCCCAGAGGCUCACCAUGGCCAUGCUCAGGUCUCCCAACACAGCUCUGCUGAUCAAAGAUGAGACCCGUAAUGUCUUCUAUGAGCUGGAGGACCCGCGGGACAUCCAGGACCGCUGCGUAAUUAAGAUUUACUGCAAAGAGCCCAUCUACGGCACCUACCCCGGACACCAACACCCACACCUGGCUAACGGAGACCUGCGGAGGGAGAUGGUGUAUGCUCCUCAGGACUCUCCGCCCAACCGCCGCCUCAGCAACCCGCCCAUGUCUUCCCAGCAUUCAUCCUGCUCUGCCUCCCCUCAAGGCUCACCGUCCCGCGCCCGCCUCCUCUACAGCGGCGCCAGGCCUUCUUCCUAUGCCGGGCCGCCCCACCACACCCACUCCCUGCCGCACCCGCACUCCCAGUCCCAGUCCCACCACUCCUCUCCCCACCAGCAGCCGCAGCUCCACCAGCCCCAUCACACCCAGCAGGCCUUCUGCUCCUCCUCCAGCGCCAUCCUGGAGCGCAGGGACGUGAAGCCCGACGACGAAGUAGGGGGGUCCAGGAGCAUGGUGCUGCUGCGGGGAGACGAACGCGGAGGAGGGGGGAUCUACGCGGACCCCUACUCUCUGGGCCAAGACACAAGCCGGCUAAGUCUCGCAGGAGGUCCUCACUCGCCUCUCCCAGCCAGAGCGGACCCCUACGGCUCCUUAUACCGCCGCGGAGGGGGCGGAGGCGGAGGUGGAGGUGGAGGUGGAGGUGCUGGAUCGAUGCGUUCACUCACCUCCUACACAGCAGCCGCUUUACAAGGAGAGCUGAUGGAAAGCGGGGCUCUCUACAGACCAGGGGGACCGCUUUAUAACGACGCCUACGCUGCGUCUAUGUUGGCCAUGGGGCUGCGGGUGCCUCCGCCUUCCUCCCCGCAGAAGAUACCCGACAUGAGGGAGUCCUACGCGGGCACCAUGCCCGGCCGGGGCUCCCCAGGGAGGCAGAGUUUGCGAAGGGACUCGGUGACGUCCUCCGUGUUCGGGGACAGCCCCAAAGCGCGCGGCCAGGGCUCAGGGUUAGGGCUCACCUCAGAGCAGCUCUGCCUGAUGGCCGGGCCCGGAGGGGAGGGAGGGAGCGCCGGAGGCUUUGGCUCACCCCUGCUGGGAAAUGAAACGGAGACCCGUGAAGAAAUAAAUGCUUAGGAAAGGAGACAUGCGACACGCACUAUGCUUUGUGUUCUGGCUAUAAGUACUAUAACACUUGCCUCUUCCAGGGAGAAGAUUGAGUCAGCCAGUGACUGCUCAGGAACUGACACUGGACGAACUAAAAAAAAGAAAGCUCUGACACCGUCUGCUCCAUUGGCCCUGAUGCCACCUCCACCCUCGGGGCCCAACCAGCCCGUGACAGUGUCCCGUCUGCAGAUGCAGCUCCACUUACAAGGCCUGCAGCAGAACACCAACGCGCUGCGCAAACAACUGUCGCAGCUACGCAACAUCCAGCUGGAGAACCAGGACUCUGUCUUGUCCCUGCUGAGGCAAACUGAGUCGGAGCUUAGCCUCAUGAUGCUGGACGCCAUGCGCACCCAGGAGGACCCGCUCCAGAGACAGCGCCUCCUCGUGGAGGAGGAGAGACUCAAGUACCUGAACCAGGAGGAGCUGCUCAUCCAGCAGCUGCAUGAUCUGGAGAAGUCGGUGGAGGAGCUGCAGAGGAACUCGUCGGUCAAUCACGGCCUGGUGACGGAGCAGGACGUGGAGCAGAAGAGCAAAGAGCUGAGGAAGCUGGGAGAGACGCUCACUGAGCUCAAAAACCAGUUCCCCAGCCUGCAGAGCAAGAUGCGGGUGGUGCUGAGGGUGGAGGUGGAGGCUGUUAAGUUCCUGAAAGAGGAGCCUCACCGCCUGGACGCCCUGUUGAAGCGCUGCAACACCAUGACUGAUGCGCUCAGCAUGCUCCGCAGUCUCUUGUAUCCCUCCUAUAUGUACAGACAAGUGACCGAAGGCGUGUGGAAGGGCCCUGAGGACCUCUCCAGCCAAUCGCUGAAGAGAACGGAGGACAUGAGUCGCAGCUCUGACCUGGAUAUCCUCAACAGUCCUCCUCUCAGCCUCAGCGACCUGAGUACCAGCUCCAGCCUGGCCAACUGGAUGCCCGUGUCCGCCGGCGACAGCGACACCUCGGGCCCCGAGCAGGACAUCCAGCCUUCGAUGACGUUUCGGAACCGGGUGCUUGAUGAGCUGCCGAGUCGGCGUCCUGGCGAUAAGUCUGUGUCAGCCGAAGUCAGACUGGCGGCGGAGCGGGACUGGGAGGAGAAGCGUGCCAGCUUGACCCAGUUCAGCGCCCAGGACAUUAAUCGCUUGCUGGAAGAGACCCAGGCUGAGCUGAUGAAGGCCAUCCCGGACCUCGACUUCGCUGCCAGGCACAUCAACAAGCCUGCGGUGCCCCCCAAGCCUCAGAUCACCAUCCCAAUAACCUCCAGCGCAGCGACUUCUCCUGCAGCCGGAACCAUUGGGACCACGGCCGCCACCACCUCGACCACCACGCCCAGCGGCGACCAGCAGCCUGGCAAAGUGCAGCUGGCGGCACAGAAGCUCAACAGUUUGGAGGGGGCAGGUUCACAUCGAGGGUCGGUGGAUCUCAGCGUGACGAGGUAUCGCACAGAGAAGCCCUCCAAGUCUCCGCCUCCACCGCCACCUCGAAGAAGCUUCCCGUCGGCACACGGCCUCACCACCAACCGCACCGGAGAGGUCAUCGUCACCGCCAAGAAUAUGAAGAUGGAGGAGGAUGGCGACAUGGCUAAAACUCUGGUGAAGCUGAGGCGGACCCCCAGUGACACCCCUCGGCCUGCCUCGACCCCGCCUGUGAUCGCAGCGUCGGCCAUUCGAGACGACGACGAUGACGAAGAGAAGAUUAUCGCUGAGCUUGAGGUAUUUCAGAGAACGCCUGUAAAAGAUUGUAAUAAACCGCACAGCACCCAACCAAAGGCCGCCCCCACCCCUCCCUGCAUCUUGGGGUCCCUUGGCAGAAAGAACAGCACCAACUCUCCGGGGCCGACGAAGGGCCCCACCGUCGCAGCCAGGCUCAAACACCUUCAACAAGGCAGCCUAGAGAGGCCCAGAAGCCGCAAGCAGAAAGAGGAUUUCCCCAAAGUCCAGGGCCAGCAGCAGGUAUUCCACUUCUAAAACCUCCACCUGUGAUGCUCCGUCUGCGGUCACUUCAGAGGAACUUGUGGCCCCGCCAGCAGACAAUAUGAGAUUACACAAACACCAGAGGGGGAGCGCUCUGCAGAAACCUUGAUUUUGACCAGUUCUUGAUGUGCGUUUUUGACAUUUGAGUUACUGGAUCUAACCUAGCUUGCUUAGAGAUCAAGUUUUUGUCGUACGAGUAUGUCGAUGUUUUGAUUUCCUGAGGAAGGUGUUGGUGGUGCUUGUGACUGAUUAAACUAGCUUUAUUAUAAUAGUCAGAUCUAUUCAUAUACAUCCUUUUCAUUCCAUUGUGCGACAUAAUCUGCCACGGAAUGAUUUCAUAUCUCAAAGUGAUGAUAUUUUGCCCUCAUCCAUCCAUGUAGUCUCUCAUUGAAUCCUCAUCUCUCACUCUAUUUAUCCAGUGACGACCACACGCUGCUCUCUUUGUAUCACCCAUCCUAUAUAUCUCCAGGUUAGCGGCAGCGCUGCAGCAUUUGCACAGUGUUUAAGUGCGUUGGUGUGGCUGACCAGUGUUGGAACAGCCAAGAGGCCAAUCCAUUAAGCUAGUUUACUCAGAAUUGCCUUUUAAAAAACUUUAAUGCUACGACUUAUUAUGCAAGAUGACAAGGGUGAAGCACAAAGGUGCAAUGUCACCUGAAAAGGUGGUUUUUGUGGAGGAGCUUUUCAGUUUAAUAAACAUAUUUAUAGAAAGUAAAAGAGAAGUCGAGAAUUAUAAACUAUAAAGGAAGACACUCAACGGAAGCAUAAAAGCAACUGUUGAUAUACCUAAUUAUGAAAUGAAUACCACUGAAUUUAUAACAUUGAAAUGUUUUAUUUGGAAAAUCAUCAACAUUUUUGUUUAAAUAUACCUCUUUGAAAUUUCAAAUAUGUCAUUUUUUGCUUUGUAAUUGCAAAAAGACGAUUUUAUGUAUUUAGGUAUUUUAAGGUGUGUUCACACCAAACGUGAAGCAAAUUUUUGCAUGGCGCAAUUACAUGCAAAGUAGGAUAGGAUAAACGGUCGAGCCUGAGGUAUUAUUCUGUCAGGCAUGCAACCCACAAAAGAAAAAGAACAUCAGAAAGGUUUUUGAGAUUGCGAAACUUGAAAUGACCUUCUGUAAUUAAUCAUUUCAGACAGAAAGGCAAAUAUGAAGUCUUCAGUGGUGGUUCGAUUUCACAGUUAGGCUUUUAUUUUCUUAUAAAAAUGAUUAUGGCACUUCUAUGCUUCCAACCCCUCGUCCACACAUACAGACUCAAACACUGGAGGUGCAACAGGAUGACAUUCAUUAUGAAUUGAAUCUCGUAACAACAUCCUGGAUCUCGACUUAAAGACGAGGCAAGGCAAAGUCGCCCAGAAGCGACAGGAGGAAGUUGAGAAAGGUUCACCUUCCCGCAAACUAACUUCUUCACCUCAACUUAGUAAGAGUAAAAACUGUCAACAGCUUCUCCGUUCAGUAUAAUAUCAAGGUGACAAGCCACUGGGAAAGGACAUAAGAAAAUGUUGCAUAAGAACACAUCUCAGGAAAAGAAAAAUGUGGAAAUAGUAGAAAUAAACCCAAUCAGAGCUGAGUACUGUAUGUGCUCAACACGUCCACACCAGAGAGACACUUGUGUGUGUGUGUGUGUGUGUGUGUGUGUGUGUGUGUGUGUGUGUGUGUGUGUGAGAGUGUGUGUGUGUGUGUGUGUGUGUGUGUGAGAGUGUGUGUGUGUGAGAGAGAGAGAGAGAGAGAGAGAGAACAGGAGGUUCAACUGAGUACUUGGCUUUUUAGAUGUGAAGCUCCACUCGUCUUAUCUGCUCCUGCAGACGCUCCAAGCUGCCCCUGACCCACUGAGUGGAGCGGCCCUGACCCAUCCUCGGCCACGCUCCUCUUACAGAAACCAGCUUUCACGAAAUACUCGGAAAUAGAAAAAUGAUAACAGCCAGUCAGUCUCACCCGGGGAGAGCCUUAACCGCUCACACCAAUCCAUAUAUUCUCCCAGAACCAUCUGCAUUCGGGGCAGUUUCAGGAAAUCCAUUCUGAUUAAUUCAUGAUUUCACCACAUUAAACAUGCAGUAGCUCGUUUAGAAGUUUAUUUAGAGUCCGUCCUUUACAAACACUCUCUGGAAGCAGCUCACCCGCAGGAGCCCAGACAUUAUUAGAGACUUUACCUUGCAUGUAUCAGGUUAUGAAUUGCCGGAAAGGACGGUGUCUUUGACUUCUAUUGGCCGUGACAGCAAUUAGCACACGGCUAACACUGCUGACCUCCGCUUGACACGGCGAUGCCAUCUGGGCGAGCGUUUCCCUUCCCUCCACACACAGACCUCGAGGAUUAGUAUUCGGGGCCGCUUGUGUCUCGUGCUGGUCUGAAUAUCUAAAUUUGUGCGCCUCAUUUCCCUUAUUGCUUUUUAAAAAUGUAUCACCCAAACAGCCUGAAAGCAAACGGUCAAAUCAUGUGGGGUUUUUGUGUGCAUAUAUUCAUAUUUACAUAGUCAGGAGUGGGCUCAUGGCUCGAGAUAAUGUCUUCAAACAUUGUGUUAAUAUUGGACAGAAACAUCCUCAACCCAGUGCAAGAUUCAAAAGUCUACAUACAAUGGGAGUGAUGAUUUGGUUCUUUAUCAGUAGAUUAUAAAUGCAUCUGUCACUCUCAGCUGAGCAUGCAGUGUUGUGGUUUGUGGAACAAAAUAGCCUCAUGUAGAAUAGAAAAAGUAAAGAAUCAUGCUACUGUAAAACAGUUGUACACAUGAGGGUAGGGAGGCACCGAUCCAUAUAUAUAUAUAUAUAUAUAUAUAUAUAUAUAUAGAUUUUUUUUUUUUUUCUGAUACCAAAACCUAGGCUUUGGUAUUGGCCGAUACCUAGUAGCGAUCCGAUCCCGCUGAAUGCCUCACUGUGUGAAAGAAACCAGAAACUGGGAUCAUUCUUUUAUGUAUGAGGCAACAUCAGGCUGGACGUAAACAUUGUAAAACAAAAUGUAACAAAUAAAUGCACUGAUGUAAAAUUACUGAAUUGUUAUUUAUGGAAAAAAAAUAAUAAUAAAGCGUGCACCAGCAACCUGGUAAAAGAAUCUUCAAAAUGAACAGGAAAUACAGAAGUGUAAACCUUUUAAAAGCAGCAACAAACUUAAAAAAGAAAGAGGAUAUAAUCCAGUAUAUAAUGUAUUUAGUAUAUUAACAUAGAAUUGUAUUGAAUAGAUCGGCACCAUACUCGAUCCAACUAUUUGAGUCGGUAUCGGCCCGAUAUCCGUAUCGUAUCGGUGCUUCCCUACGCGGGGGACAACAAAGGUUUUUUUCAUUAACAAGAAUUUACUGUCGUCACUUUAACGUUACUUUAUUUUUUAAUCUUUCCUCAGCCUUUUCUUUUUUUUGAGGAUUUAGAAUGCAGUAAACAUCACAAGAUGCCUGUUUGAAAAUCAGCAGAAAGUGGUGCACUGUGUUCACUUGCCUCAGGCAAACGAAUGCAUUUAGAUUAUGAGAUGUUUGUUGACCGGAGGCUAUUAGAUUACAGCAUGCACGAAGAGCUGCCGAAACAAUCUGAGCAAAAUACGCCAUAUUCUAUCUUUUGCCGACCCGUGUGUGCAUUUAUUUUUUGGCACAGAGUUUGUUGGAAGAGUUGUGCUGCAGUAAAAAAAAGGCGGUGCACUUUAUAAUCUCCGUUGGAGUCUGGGUGGUGCACCUGUCGGCUCGUUCUUUUGUUCCUGAGAGCGCUGAGAGAGUCACAGAUGUACCCGUGUCCCCCCGAGGCACCAAGCAGCACCUUGUCACCACGAAACGUUUUCUUUUAUUGUUGAACUUUAAGCCGUUGUCAAGCUUGGAUUCUUCCUCUCUUGUACACGCUGUUCUAACACAGUUAGACAAUAUGAGCUUUCAGAGGACGUGGAAUGUUUUUUUAGCGUGUUUUUAUUCAGCCAGCCUUUUCUCCAGGCAUUAUGGUCGGGUGUUUAUCCUUCUCCCCAGUCUGCAAGAAUCCAUCUUCAUCCGUUAGCCAAAAACUGGGACGACUCUUUGAUCUCGUCCCUUUCACAGAGGCAUUACUGCCCUUUGGAUUUUAUACGUUAAAGCAUAAUCCACUUUAACUCGGGUCUUAUGUUUGUAGUUUUGGCAAUCACUUCCAUCAGUAAUGAUAUUAUAAAUGUGUUAUUGAGAAGCCGGACGGGUCAAGAAACGAGCAGGAAAACAAUCAGACAGGUUGUUAAAGUGCUCAUAUUUUGCUCAUUUUCACGGUAAUAAUUGUAUUUAGAGGUUGUACCAGAAUAGAUUUACAGGGUUUAAUUU